GUGCUCCCUAGUGUCUGCACGCAGGCUUUCACUGCCGGCACGGGCAGCUCUAUAACAGAGAAAGUUCGCAACUCGCGUCAACAGCCGUACCACCGCUCGUUACCUUUUCCUCUCGCGGCACUGCGGAGGUUUUCCAGCAGCUCUCGUCUAGUAGAGGUCUUCGACGUACUGUAGCCUUUCACGAACGCCUUUAUAGCCUCCAUAACGGAGCUAAACAGCUAGUAAGACGGCUCUGCAUGCGCUGAAACGACACGUGCGAUGUGCAAUUCCUCUGGGUGGGCAUUAUUUGGGAAAACGGUGUUUACGAACAUGGAAGGAGGAGCGGAAAGUAGCGGCUCGGAAGCGGCUGCUCCGCUGUCGUUCUCUAUGAGAAUGACGGUGUACGGUAUUCAGAAGGCCUUUCCCUCCGUGCGCAACGUCACCUGCAGCGACGUGGACGCGUGGAGACGCAACCAAAGCAGAAAGACCGUUUUCGUGGACGUUAGACCGGAGGAGGAGUUCAGAGUGAGCCACAUCCCAGGAGCCGUGCGUGUGGAGCCCAACUCGCAGCCUGACCUUCGAGAACUAGGAAUUACUACUGAGGACACUGUGGUGUGUUACUGCUCGGUCGGAUACCGUUCCUCCGACAUGGCUCAGAGACUCUACCGAGUGGCACGGACUCCAGACCAUGGCUCCCUGGACGUGUACAACAUGGAGGGAGGCAUCUUCCAGUGGGCCAUAGAGGAGAGAGAUAUUGUGGACAAUGACAAAAACAAGGCGGCUGAAGUCCACCCAUACAGUUCUGUAUGGGGAAUGUUACUCCCUGGAAAAUUACGAGCUUCUCUAUGAUCAAAAUGUGCAAUUUUUAUGGACAUGAUACAAAUUUUUAAGCCCAAUGUGCAAAAAAUAUUCUGUGGUGAUCUUUUUUUAAUCAUCAGAGGUUGAGUGUUUCCUAGUCUCAGCCUCGGAUUUAGCUCUCUUUCGGGCAAGGUAUCUCUCUUUGGCGGACAUCAUCGUCUCCUCGGUGGCUUUCUUGGCAGCUGCCAGCUUUCUCCUCUCCACCGGUGUCACGUCUUCCUCCUCGACUUCGACGCCAGCACGAAUCCUUAUCCUCUUCUUCGGAGGCACAGAACCUUCCUCAGUUUUAUUAGCGUCUGUGUCCAUUUCUUUAUCAUCAGUAGGACCAUCCUUUUCUUGGAUUUUUUCUUGUUCUUGGCUUUCCCUUCUUUCUCUGUGACUAGACCUCUCACCAUAGUCUCUGUAGCCUCUCUCCCUGCUUCUUCUGUCUCGCUCACUGUUCCUUCUCUCCCUCUCCUCCCCCCUGCUGUCCCUCCUCUCCUUCUCCCCUCUGCUCUUUCUGUCGCUGUCCCUCCUCUCCCUGCCUCCCUCUGAAGAGUGUCUCCUCUCCUUCCCGCCACUUUCCCUCCUCUGAGUCUCUGAACUUCGUCUCUUCUCCCUCCUUUCAUCUUUUCCUUCUCUUGCCUCUCUCUCAUUCUGAUUCGAGCCACCAGAUCCUCUGUCUUCUUGCUCUUUUUCUCUGCUCUCUGUCGACUGUGGCUGUUUGACAUGACUCUCCCCUGGUGCUCCAGAAGAUGCUAUUUGGUUGAACAAGUGCUUCUGGAAUCUACUCAGAUCUUUCUGCUUUGUCACAUCGUUAGCCU